UAGGGCGGGCCGGGUGGGCGUGUCCCCGCCGCGUGGGGCGGGCGGCCUGGCGGCGGGGUCCGGCGGUAGCGGAGGGCGGGCGCCCGCGGAGCGGCACCGGCCCGGCCCGGCCCGCAGAGUCAGUAAUGAUGAAUGGCUCCGACCUCGCCAGUACGACGGCAUCCAGUCCCAAAUCCAAAGAGGACCAAGUCGUGAACGGCCACGAUGAAAAGGAAAACAACCCCUUUGCAGAGUACAUGUGGAUGGAGAAUGAAGAAGACUUCAACAGACAGGUGGAGGAGGAGCUGCAGGAGCAGGAGUUCCUCGACCGCUGCUUCCAGGAGAUGCUGGAGGAAGAAGACCAGGACUGGUUCAUUCCAUCGCGCGACCUGCCCCAGGGCAUGGGGCAGCUGCAGCAGCAGCUGAACGGGCUCUCCGUUGGCGACGGCCACAGUUCAGAGGACAUUCUGGUAAGGACCUCGGAGAACGUGCUGCAAGGUCUGGCGAAGAGCCGGGACCUGUCCUGGGAAGGGGGGUGGGUUUCCUUUGGGGGGUUUCCUGAGUGGCAGCGGGGCGUUGGUGCAAGAGCUGGUGCUAACGCACUGCUGAUGAUGCACUUUGGAGUUUUCUGCAAGGCUAUUUGUUUUAUCCACGUAUCCUAAAGACAAAAGUAUCCAGCUUUGCAGAACUUGCUCUCCAGAAGCCGCGGAAAUGGGGCUGCCACUUGCACAUGAGCUGGACUCUGGUCCCGGAACAAGCCGGGACCUUUCUUGCUGGGCAGAGCUGGGGUGUCCUGGCAGGCUGGCGAGGUACGGGAGGACCAGCCAGGUCUGCUCCAAGGGUGCUGAGCACCCCGAGCUUGUAUUUAGAGUGGUGAAAACCUGCUGGGUGGCUGGAAGAGCAGCAGCCUGAAGUCAACGCCUGUUUCCAUCCCUGGAAGUGGGAAUAUGCCGCAGGGCUGUACGGACCAGUGCGGUGGGGGUUGUCCUGGCCCAGCCCUGCUGACCGUGCUGAGGCUGAGCUGCAGCACCGUGGGCAGGGAGCAAACAGCCGCCUGCAGCUCACAGCACGUCCAGCUGCCCCGUGCCGAACAAGAACACGGAGAGACAGUGGCCUGUGCCACAUUUUGCCCCCCAAAAAGCCCAGCCCAGGACUAGCCGCUUACAAGCUGGCACUUAUUCAGCAGCCUCUGAAGUGCUGCGGGUGCCUGCGAGGACACGAGGACCAGGGCAGCCGCUUCUCACGCGUGAACAUCCAUAAGCGGGUCCGUGGAGCGAUGCUUGGCGGCAGGUGUCAGCAUUUGGACGGCUGAUGGACUCCCCCCCUCUCUCUUCUCUUCCAGAGUAAAAGCAACUUGAAUCCAGAUGCCAAGGAGUUUGUGCCCGGCGUGAAGUACUGACCGUCAAGGCAGGCUUUGGAAAGACUGUGUCCCUGCGCCGGGGGAAGGUGGCGGGGGGGAAGGAGGGAGGGGACCGGCCCCCGGCCGGACUCUGCGCCGUAGUGGAGUUGCUGCAACGUGGCGAAAUCUUGCUCUACGCUUCAAGUACCUUUUUUUCUUUUUUAAACUUUCCCUUUGUAUCGUCUAUCACCUUUUUUUUUUUGGCGGUUUUUGCUUUCUAGGACUUGCAGACCUUAGGUCUGCCCUGGAGUCCAGCACUCCCCGCUUCAGAGGCCCAUUUCGAUGCGUGCUUCAAACCUGCUAGUAGAAAAGUCAUGUUUUCUUGUUUAAGUAGAGUUUGUAGGGACCCCCCCGCCCGCCCGCUCCCUCCCCAGAGGCAGCGAGCCUGGGCCAGGCGCCGCGCUGGCUUUCCCUGUUCCUGUUACACAAGAUUUCUUUCUCUAAAGUGAAGUGUACCAAGACUGUAAACCCGGAAUUCCUCCAAGCAGCAGCCUGCCCAGCUCUCCGGUAGGUGCUGAACACUAACUUAGACGCUUCUCUGCGCGUAGAUGAGAGUUCUCCCUGCUUAAUCGGUUGUGGGAGCUCUUGGGGGACACCAGACCCGUCAGGCAUCACCCCAGCUGUCCUUCCCAAGGGAAGGGCGGCUCCUACAAAACACAUCUUCUCCUUAAAGGAUUUUCCCCCCUCGACUCUUGAGCUUAUCCAGCACUACUUGGUGAGCAGGAUCCGUGCCUCUGUCGGGUGCACUUGCUCUUGGGGACCUCCAUCCCCCUCGGCAGGAGUUGGCUGGGCUUCAGCUCCCCGAACCGCAGCCCUGGGCGCUUCUGGCAUUGUAAAUCCUGUCCUGAGUGGGCUCCUCUGCAGAGCUGGGGUCAGAAAUCUGCAUCCAGAGAAAGCUGCAGCUUCCCGGUGAGGGGCGCAGCCUGACGAUUAAAACAGUUACUGGCUUUAGUGACCUUGGGGGUGAGGAGUUCUUGCUCAUCCGUGUAAGUCUCACCUCCCGGGUGCAGUUACUUCCAGUAUUCCCUUUACUUAAACGAAGUAGUUAAUGGAGGGGGAUUACAGCUCCCCGUGGGCUUUGCAGAGAUGGAAGCUAAUGGCCACUCAGGAGAGGAGGGCUUGCUCCGUCUCCAUUAGCUCGGCACAGCAAAGCCGGCGCCCGCCGGUGAGCCCAGCGGGAGGGCCCGGGGUUAUUGGACCACAAACACUAACGGGGAGCGGAGGUUUGAGGUGAUUUAACUCGGUACAGCCCGCUCCGUAACGCAACGGUUCUCCUGUCUCUGGCUGCCGGUCUUAAAACCAGCACUAAACCCUGACACUACCGCAGCUGGAGCCGGUGCCCGUCUUCAACUACAUCUUAAACUCUGCUGCCCAGAGGCGGUGGUGGGUUUGGGUUGAGUUCUCCUGUUUCCCGGUACAACCCGUGCCUUCAGCGCCUGCGCGGUCGCCUCCCGCUGCCGGAGUCCCCCUCCGCUCCGGGGCUGGAGCUCGGGCUGUGCUGGACAUGAUCCGGGGUGCGGGGAAGGGCAGCUGUACGCUGGGCAAACUUCUUCUGUAGCGGUAGCACAGUUGUUCCCCCCCUUCCUCUGGUUUCUGUUUGAUUUCUUACCAAAACCCACCCCUACCCUCUGACUUGCUGUAAAUUUCAGACGAUGCGUUAUUAAAAAUAAACUUUUUUUGGAACCGA